UAUCUGUUAUAGUUCUUAUCUCGGAGUUAUCUUACUCUAGUCUGGCGUAACUAAGACAUAUUACUUACUGUUCGUUUUGGGCCUAUCUCUAUCGAUGUGUGGUUUCUGUAAUUUCUGACGAACUUAUCUUUAGAAACCUCAGCGCUUUCGCUACUAUAGCGAACUCAUUACUUUCGCGUUUGCAAGUUGCCGAUUCGGACUCGAUCAGUUCCGUCGAUGUCCCUGGUUGUUAACAGGGACUUGUAAGGACAGGUCAAAUCGUUUUAAUGUCGUUGCCUACCUUAAUAUCACUUUAUAAAUUUAUAUAUUUAAAUAACACUGUGUCGGGAGCAACGGGGUUACUGCCAGAAACCAGGUCGCAGAAUGUUUCGUCACUCGCUCGCCUUGUGGACUCGGUUAAGAAGGAGUGCGAAUGAUUGUUUAAAGCUAACAUUUAAAGGCAGAGUUUGCGAUGGUUUAGAUUGGGAUCGCGUAAAAAUCAAUGUAUGUAAACCAGGACCCCAUUUUAGUGGUUGGAUUCCUGAGAACCUGGAUGGACCUGAAUGAACCCGACUGGUCAAACGUGGCAAAGCACCUAACGUCAAACGGGCUGAGCUCACCGGCUGAGCAGCCUUACCUAAAGUUUGUUGGUCGACACCACAGUGGAGGAGAGGGAAGCUCGGGAUCAGAAGAAAGCUUGAGACUAGCGGGUCCCACGGUUACCAACCUGGACACUAAUAGGAAUCACCCUGUGCAGGGGAGGUCAGUAGACGCCUACGUCCCCUUUAGCCACAGCUCGGAAGAGCUUGCAACCUUUAUAACGGAUCUGGAUCAAACAGGCAAACUGUUCCUUUCCAGGGGAAUAAAGAGGGAAUUUGUGACACAUCCAUCUAUUGAAAUGUACCAAAGCUUGCCUGUGGCAGCUGCCCAGGGUCCUAGUACCUACCCUCAUGAUGUUCCUAACAACUUCAUGCACUCCAGUACAAGUUCUCCCGUCUAUGUACCUACCACCAGGGUCAGCUCCAUGAUCCAGACCAUCCCUUAUCUCCAGGGCAGCGGAUCGAGCCAACAGAGUCACCCCGUUACUAACCAUUCGGCCUGGACUCAGCCGGCCACAGAAAGCUCAACCUACAGCUCCAGCAGCCCUCACCAUAUGGUUUCCAGCAGAUUCUCCUUCUCCCCGAGCCCACCAAUUUCAAAUGGAGCUGCCCGAGAUUCCGGCUACAGUAACAGUCUGAAUAUGAAUGGCAGAGAUCAAUACACUAGUCCUCUGACCAGGCCUCUUAAUGGAUCUUACCCCAGCCCUUACACUUCUUACGUUGGGCCACAGUUGACUUCGGCCUGGACAGCAACAGGAUCUUUUGAAAACUCAAUGCUGCACAGCUUGCAGAGCAGACCCACAGCUCUACCUGUCCGGGGACCCAAUGGAGAACUGUUGGACGAGCUGUCCGAAGCCCGGGAGUGCGUCAACUGUGGCUCCAUGUCCACUCCCCUGUGGCGGCGUGAUGGCACCGGUCAUUACUUGUGCAACGCUUGCGGUUUGUACCAUAAGAUGAACGGACUGAGCCGACCCCUUAUCAAACCUCAGAAGAGAAUGUCUUCAUCCAGGCGGAUUGGCCUGGCUUGUGCCAACUGUCACACAACGACCACUACAUUGUGGCGCCGGAAUGCAGAAGGCGAGCCAGUCUGCAAUGCUUGUGGGCUUUACAUGAAACUUCAUGGGGUACCACGGCCUCUGGCAAUGAAGAAAGAAGGAAUCCAGACUCGAAAAAGAAAACCUAAGAAUUUAAACAAGUCCAAGAGCACUUCAAGCACAAGUAAUACAGUCACAAUGACUCCAUCUUCAUCAUCGUCUUCUACAUCUAAUCAGGAGGAGAUACCCAGAGUGAAAAGUGGUUCACCCCCUGGCCAGACCACAGUCGUAACUUCAGGGGACUAUCAACCCUUCCAGCAGCCAAUGUGGACUGAUGAUGAACAGCUCCAUGGAGUCAGAUAACAGCACAUCUCUGAACAUAAUUUCUUCCCUAUCUCCAAGGAAAGGCACAUCCUCCAGCAGCCAGUAAAGCUGCCUGUUUAUUUUGGAUCCAUUUAGUUUUAUUUAACAAAAAGCUGUCAUGAGUAUUUUCAGAAUGCAGAUGAUCCAUAUGCCAAAAUGUAUGCAAAGAAACAGCUGAGGCAUGUUCAAUGCUGUAGUCAAGUGUAAUCUAACAUUACCUAAUUUUUGCCAAAAUGAGCAACGGUAAUGAGCCUCCCACAUUACUGUUUAAGCUUGUUCCCUCAACGAUUCUAAAGGAAUCAAAUUAUGUUUGAAAUGACACACAGACGAUGAAGGUUAGUUAAUGCAAUGCAAAUUCUGAAAGUUCCCAUUGCAGUCAUUGGCUUCAUACUGGUCAAUGUUUUAGAGACAGGGUAACAAGCGGAUGUAUUCUUCCACAUUUUAACAACUUCAUUGUACAAAACGAAAUGCAAUUAGUAUUGCAGAAAUCAGUAUUAAAUCAAAAUGGUUCAAAAUUAAACAACCUUCUAGCAAUGAAUGUAAACCUUCUAAGUUAAUGGUACUUGUAUAAUUUAAAGGUGAUAGUUAAGUCAGUAUCUGCAACAGGAUACUUUAUUCAUUUUCUGUGUUUUAAGAAUCAUCCGUAUCUGUGUUUUAAGAAUCAUCUGUAUAGUCCUUUUGGUAGUUUGGGAAAAGAAACAUUAUGUUAAGAACAAAUUUCCUCUCAGGUAAAUUCGUUAUUGCAUUACAUUUUGUAAGUUUUGUAAAAAAAAACACAAAAAUAUUGCCUGGCUAUAGGCUAAAUAUAUGCAAGACGAAAUGAAAUGCAAACUUUACUACCUAUGUGAUGAAAUGUAAAUAUUUUUCUGAAACAAUUGUCCGAGGAUUGUUUGGCUUUGAUGAUGCAAAAUGUAUAAAAAAGACAAACUGGUGUUUAGACCGGUACAUGCAUUUUUCAAGGUGUAUGUCAUUGCUUGUAUUGUUAUUUGUUUCUUGAAAACAGAUUAAAAGGUGUCCUUUUUCGAAAA